CGAGCAUUAAACAGCGAUAAUUUUCUGUUUCAAAUUGUCAUAUUUAUUCUAUGACACACCAAUGGAUUUCGAGAUACUCGUACAAGUUGUUACAGAAAGAAGUUCAUUGUUGAAAACGAAAGUUCAAACAUAUUUUUACAUGCUCCGUCGAUGUAUCAUAGGCGAGAAAGAGCAAAGUGUGCUGGCUAUUGGUAGAAGAAAGAAAACUGAAUAUGGCAUAUCAAAAGUAAAAAUCAGAAAUACAUUUACAGCUAAGAUAAACAUACGAGUAUUUUUUCAAAUACGUCGUUUUUCUUAUUGUUUCUUGUCUCGAACCCAUAUCCAUUUAUCCGCACCAUGCGGUUCCAAUGCGAGUAAUUCGCAAGGUACAACAAUGCAAGUUUCAAGUCAACGAUCCAGAAUAACAACUUUUCAUUGUCUCUGUCCGUUCGGAGAUAUACAUCUCAGGCAUGCGGUUACCGGAAAAGAUUUAAAAAUCUGCGACCACUUUUUAUUUAUGAUACUAUUUACGUGGAUAGUCUGUUUCUUGGUGUACUUCAACUGUCAACGCAGUGUUUAA